AUGAAGAGUUUGCGUUUAUUAAAAAGAACUUUAAACAAAUUCAACGAGAGUUCAAAGUCGAAUAUUUUCCUACGAAACCACAGUGCUUGGACACAAGAUGGCAUAAUUAAAACGCCAUACGAAGAUAUAAAGGAAAUACCUAAUAUAACAUUAUAUGAUUAUGUUUGGCAAAACCUAGAUAAAUGGCCUGAAAGGACCGCAUCUAUAUGUUCCGUAACUGGGCGUGGAUAUACAUAUGAACAAGCAUUUAAGCUUUCGAAUGCUUUUGCAGCCAAUUUACGCAAGAAACUCAAAAUUAGAGAUGGUGACUCUAUUGCUGUUAUGUUACCUAAUGUACCCGACUUUCCACUUGUUGCGAUGGGAAUUUUGGAAGCUGGUGGUAUAAUAACUACUAUAAACCCCAUUUAUACUGCCCAUGAAGUCCAGCGACAACUGCUUAUGAGCGAGGCGAAAGUCGUCAUAACAUUACCAAAUAUCGUCGGAGUCAUUAAAGAAGCAUUCGAUAUAGCUAAGAUCAAUUUACCAAUCAUUGCUGUUAAAGUAAAUGGAGAAACAACGCCCAAUGGGACAAUUGCAUUUAACGAACUCAGCGAGGAUGUUCACGUUGACAAGUCUUGUUUAAAGGAAGUCAGAAGGACGGUGAAUGAUCUUUGUUUUCUGCCAUACUCUAGUGGAACCACGGGGCUACCUAAGGGCGUGGAAUUAACAAACAAAAAUAUAAUUUCUAAUUGUGAACAAAUGAACGAACCAGAUAUUAAGUGUCACUCAGAGACUACAGCGACACAUCAAGAUGCAGUAUUGGCUAUAUUACCGUUUUUCCACAUUUAUUCAGCAUCAGUUAUAAUGUUCCAUAAGAUGGCUCAAGGAAUAAAGUUGGUUACGAUGCCAAAGUUGCAACCGGACGAGUUCAUGCAGGCGCUAGAAAAAUUUAAAAUUAAUGUCUUGUUUUGCGCCCCACCUUUAAUAUUCUUAAUGGCAUCGCAUCCAUUGGCUUCAAAGGAAGUGUACCGAUACUUGGAAAUGGUUAUUAAUGGUGCUGCACCUAUAUCCUCUUCCGAUGCCGAUCGCUUCAUGGAUAAAGUUCAGCGAAAAAUUCGUUUUGGGCAAGGCUAUGGACUAACAGAAACAUCGCCUGUUGUUUGUAUGGCACCAAAGGACUGCGAAGACUAUAGUGUUGUUGGGCCUGCUCUACCAAGCACACAGCUAAAGAUUGUCGAUAGUGAAUUGAAACCAUUGGGGCCAAAUCAGUUAGGAGAACUUCUGAUACGGGGUCCUCAAGUGAUGAAAGGUUAUAAGGACAAUCCAGAAGCUAAUGAUGCCACCUUCGCUGAUGAUUGGUUUAGAAGUGGAGAUGUUGCGUCUUCCGAUGCAAAGGGAUACAUUAAAAUUGUUGACAGAAUUAAAGAGCUCAUUAAGGUAAAAGGAUUCCAAGUACCCCCCGCAGAGUUAGAAGCAGUUCUCCGUGAACACCCUUCUAUAAAAGAUGCUGCUGUUAUUGGCGUUCCACAUCCCACAAAAGGAGAGACACCAAAAGCCUUCGUAGUAAUUGAUCGAGAAGCAAAAGUAGACGUAAAAGAAAUCUGCGAUUAUGUUAAUAAGAGAGUAGCGCCUUACAAACAAGUGAAUGACGUUGUUUUUUUGGACUCUAUUCCAAAAACAGCGUCGGGGAAGAUUCUAAGGAAAGACUUAAAAGCAUAA